AUGGGGGGGGAGCAGGAGAGCGAGCCUGCCGUUGGGGAGGCCCCGCAGGAGGCGGAGCAGGAGCGCCAGGCGCAGCAGAAGGAGCUGGAGGGCGUCAUCGGGGAGCGCGACAUCCUGGGCGCGCAGCUGAUCCGGCGGAACGAGGAGCUGGCGCUGCUCUACGAGAAGAUCAAGAUCCAGCAGAGCACCCUGCAGAAGGGGGAGAUCCAGUACAACGAUCGGCUCCGGGAGGUGGAGCGCCUGCGCGGCGAGAUCCGCAAGACGAAGGCCGACGUGGCGCUCGCGCGGACGCAGGUCACCAACGUUGACGGCCUGAAGCGUGAGGUUCACCACCUCAGCAAGACGCUGCUGCGCGAGGAAGCCAAGCUGAAGGCGCUGCAGGAGGAGAUGGCCAAUCCGAUGAACGUGCACCGUUGGCGCGAGCUGGAGGGGUCGGACCCCCAAACGUACGAGAUGAUCCAGAAGGUGAAGUCGUUGCAGAAGCUGCUGAUAUCCAAAACAGAGGAGGUGGUAGAGAAGGAUUCGCUGAUUCAGGAGAAGGAGAAGCUCUACGUCCAGCUCAAGAGCAUCAUCGCCAGGCAGCCGGGGCCCGAGGUCGCCGAGCAGCUGGCCUGGUACAGCCAGAACCUGAAGGACAAGACCCGGCACAUGAAGCAGAUGGCGGAGGAGCUCGAGUCCUACCACAUGCGGGUCGGGGUCCUGAAGGAUGAGAUCGACAGGCACAACAAGGACCUGUCGUCCAUCAAGCAGGCCUACUUCCAGAGGCAGACGUCCGCCGAGGUCGGCCCCGCCGCCGCCGCGGUGCCGGCGGGCUCCAUGCGCGAGGUGAAGAAGGUGGCCCUCGAGGUCUUCGGCGAGGAGGGCCAGGAGGUCCUCGACUCCUACACCCGCAGGAUCGAGGAGGUGCGGUCCAAGCAGUUCCGGCUGCAGCUCGGCGUGAGCGUGGGUGCGCUGGACGUGACCCUGUCCGACUCGAUCGUGCCCGUGAUGAGGCUCCGCGUGCAGAUGCUGCCGCCAGGGCCGGACAAGCCGGCGCUCACGAUGGAGAAGCUGAAGAGCCCGUACCUCCUGACCGUGGCCGUACCCGUGGGCACGCUCGAGAUGGACAUCCGAUGGGCCUGGCUCACGAUCGAGCGGACGGUCAAGGCCGACGACGAGACGGCCACGCGCGUGUCGGUGGUCGGGCACGAGCCCGUCCUGCUGAACUUCACGCCCACGGCGGUGCGCCCGCGGCGCACCGCGGGCUGGAUACUGCCGCUCUUCGUGGACAGCCUCUCCGGGCCCGAGGAGGACCCACCGCAGGAGGCGGCGCCGGCACGGCCCAUGGUCCCGACGAAGUCCGUGGACUCCCUGGCGGCGUCCGUCCGCACCGCGCAGUCCCGCGCCGACCUGUCGGGGGGCGCAGCAGACGCGGUGAAGUACCGGGUGGUCAACCUGUGCCAGCAAACGUUGGCGCCCUCCCGCGGGGACAAGCAGCAGGUCGCCUCCCGCAACAUCGAGCUGGAGGCAGACAUCGCGUCCUUCGCGAAGGACCUCUUCGGCAGCGCAGUGGGUAAUCAUGGUCGUCUGCCGGGUUUGACGUGGAAGUUGGCCCUGGCGCCCGAUAUGCGCAGGGGCGCCAGGCCGGCGAGUCGAUCCGCGCUGCUCUAUCAUGGCGGCGCGCAGCUCGAGCUGUCCGCUCGCAACGCGUGGGUCGACGCGGCGGGUGCCAGUCGCCGCCUCGGAGGCGACGCCGGGACUAUGGCCAUGGCGGCCUGGAACGCCGCGAGGCCAGUUCUGGCGAGUGCGCCAUCUCAGCGCGAAUGGAUCUGCAGCGAGUCUUACUGGCGCUGCUCUGCGUGUCUCCGCAUCAAUUUCCAGCGCCGCUUCAGGGCUCAUGUGACCCGCAUCGCAAAGAAACUGGUGACGUCGGUGUUCCGUGGAGGCGGUCUACGGGCAGUAAUGUGGAAUGCAGAGGAGCGGAUGAGGACCCGUUGCCCUCAGGUGCCGCCCACGGGCGCGGGGUGGCAGUCCCUGGACGCGCUGGUGCUGCCGAGCUUCGCCACCGCCCUCGCGGCGAGGACGCUGGGCUGGGGCAGCGACGACGCGGGGCGGCCCCUCGGCUUCUCCGAGCCCCUCUCGCUGGAGCGCGCCAACGCCGUCACCAUCCCCGGCAGCGGCCUGGUCGCGGAGCUGCUCACGCCCAGCCCCUCGCACCGGUUGCUGCUCCUGGCCACGCCGCUGCGGGUGCACAACCAGACGGACCUGGCGCUGCACCUGCGGUUCCACGCGGAGGGGGGCGACGGCCUCCCGCUGCAGCUGGACGGCCUCGCCCAGGCGCCGGCCUGCAACGCCACGUUCCUGGGCCACCCGUUGCCUGCGUACGACGUGGCCAGCCAGCACUCGGACGCGCCCGCGCCCGCCCCCCGGGACGACGAGCACGCCCUGGUGCUGCAGCCGCACGCCGUCGCCUGCGUGCCCCCCGGCGCCCUGAUGCGGAGGCACCAGGCGGCCCCCUGGAGUGGGCAUCGCUCGGAUCACCUGGGCGGCGCGUCGUGGGGGGCGAGGAGGCCAAAGGGUCCUCCUCCUCCUUCUCCUCCUCCUCUUCCGCCUCCUCCUCUGCCGCUUCCUCCUCCUCCUCCUCCUCCUC